AGAAUCAACGUAACCUUCUAAAUGAAAAUAUCUCUCUCCUCUUUCUGCUACAUGUGAAUAUCUGAGCUUCUUCAAGUGCAUGUGCUCUCAGUUGGAUCUCAAAUCGUUUCUACAGCUUUUACUUCUCCAUCUCUUAGCUGUCACGGAAACAUUCUCUUUUCACUUCUCUCUCUGCUCCAAAAUAAAAAUCAGAAACAUAUCAACAUUCUUGAACAGAGCCAUAAGUGAGAAACUUUAAUUUACUCUCAUCUUUUUUUUUUUUUUUCUGUGAGUUUGGCUUUGUGUUGGAUCUUAAAUGGAUCCAAGAACAAGACUUGACUAUGUUCUGUUUCAGCUCACACCCACCAGGACAAGAUGCGAGCUUGUGAUUUUCUCCGGUGGCGAGAACGAGAAGCUAGCUUCCGGGAUUUUUCAGCCGUUCGUUACGCAUCUCAAAAGCGUAAGAGACCAGAUUUGUAAAGGCGGAUACUCCGUCACUCUCCGUCCUUCCUCCGGCGCCGCCGGCGUUAAUUGGUUCACCAAAGUGACGCUUCAGCGAUUUGUUCGAUUCGUGACCACACCGGAGGUUCUUGAGAGGUCCGUGACAUUAGAGAAGGAGAUUGAACAGAUCGAGGAUUCGAUUCAGUCUAAUGCCGCCGCUAUUUCCGGCGAAGCAGAAGGAAACGAGUUGGGUGGUAGUACAUGGACUAGUCAAAAGUCUACGGCUUUAUCAAAGGAACAAGGUGAAUCUGAUGGUAAAGAAAAUUCUAAGGUUGGUCUACAGCGAGUUCUCGAAACACGGAAAGCGGCUUUGUGCAAAGAGCAAGCCAUGGCUUACGCUAGAGCUGUGGUUGUUGGGUUUGAAUUGGACUACAUGGAUGACUUAUUAUCCUUCGCUGAUGCUUUUGGAGCUUCCCGUUUAAGGGAAGCAUGUGUGAACUUUGUGGACUUGUGCAAGAGGAAAAACGAAGAUAGGAUGUGGGUGGACCAAAUCACAGCUAUGCAAGCCUUUCCUAGGCCUGAACUAUCAUCCUUCAUGGGUGACUCCUCCUCUGGGAUCAUACUCGCUGGGGAAGAGAAUGAUAACCUCAAACAAGGGAACAACAUGGAUGCAAUGAGCCAGGCUAGCUUUGAGACUACUAGCCAAGGUCCUCCUCCUCCUCAUAUGGCAAUGCCUUGGCCAAACCAUUAUCCUCAGUACAUGCAAGGACAUGGCUAUCCUCCUUAUAUGUAUCCCGGCCAGCCGCCGUAUUUCCCUCAGUGGCCUAUGAACAUGGGAGGAGAUGUGGAGACAAGUGAGAAGUCUUCCAAGAAGAAAAAGAAGAAGAAUAAGAAGAACAAGAAGAAGUAUGCAUCCUCCUCCGAGGAGCAAAGCGAUGAGUCCAGUGCUGAGACCGUAUCAGAGGAGGGGGAAAAUGAAGGGAAGAAAUCAUCUAGAAAAGUUGUUAUACGCAACAUAAACUACAUAACUUCAAAGAGAAAUGGAGCCAAAGAUAGUGAUUCUGAUGAGUCUGAAGACGAAGGAGAAGGGUAUGUGGAUGGAGAUUCCAUCAAGCAGCAAGUGGAAGAAGCCAUUGGCUCACUGGAGAAACGGCAUAAAUCAUCUUCAAGACGUAGUAGUAGGAGGAGGAAGCACAAAAGCCACAGCGAAGAUGAGGAGGAGGAUUCAGUUAGUAAAGAAACUAAAGGGAAUGAUAACUGCUGGGAUGCCUUCCAAAACCUUCUUUUGAAAGACAAAGAAGAUUCAGACCACCAGGAAGAGUUGCAACUGACAGUAUCAUCAUCAGAAGUUGUGAGUAGCAAGAGAGAGUUGCCUUCGGAUGAUUCUUUCUUGGUUGCAAAUGGGAGUGAGGAUUGGGGGAGAGAGAGCAGUGUUAAGAGACUUGAUGUGGGUGAGAAUGAGAAUGUUAGUAGGAUGAUAAGGAGAGAGAAUAACUACGACGAUGAGAUGAUGAUGAAUCCAGGUAGAAGCGAUGAGCCGAGAAGCUAUUCGCAGGCAGAGAUGGCUGUUUACGGUGGGAAGCUCCGAGCUAGAAACGAGACAGAGGAAGACUGGUUCAUACGUAACCAAGCAGAUACUGAGAGAGAUGUCAAAACAUUUGUAGGAGACGAUUUGCACGUGACUAAGAGGGGUGGAGAGAGAGAUGUCCUGACUGAUGACUCGUUCAUGAUCCAUUCUCGUGUUGAGAGCCAAGUAGAAGAAGAGUCUCGGUUAAGGACGGAUAUGAUGGACUCAGACGUCUAUGGAACCACCAAACAAGAAAACUCCUCCUCAGCACCUGAGAUCAAACAACAAGAGCCGGAUGAUCUUUUCAUGGUUCUUGGACGUGAACAAGAUGUUGUUACACGUACAAUGGCAUCGUGGACUCCUGAGAUUGACUUCGAGACGAACAACACUUUGGCUCAAGACAAGAACAAAAAGGAUUCCGAAACUGAUGCAAAGGCCUCUGAACAGGCUCCAGGUGGUAAAGAAAAGAAACUCCGUGGCGCCGUCACUAAGGGGAAGGAUGCGAAGACAAGAGGAUCAAGUAGACCUACUGACCCGGCGUUGAAAGCUAAGAGAGCUCCUUGGGGAAGCAGAGCUGCUGCCACCAAAACCAAAUCCGAGAUGGAGGAAGAGAGAAAGAAGAGAAUGGAAGAACUUUUGAUUCAGAGGCAAAAGAGAAUCGCUGCGAAGAGUUCUAAUGGUAGUAGUAGUGUAUCAAGUCCCUUGGCUCCCAAGAAAACUCCUACAGGAACCAAACCCGUCAAGACCAUGAAGAAGGAAAAGACCCCUGAAGCUGUGACACAGUCUAAGUCUAAGCCGGUGCUGAGAAGUUCCACCAUUGAGCGCCUCGCUGUCGCCAGGACAGUAGUACCAAAGGAGCCACAACAAAAACCAGUCAACAAAAGAACAACAUCAAAACCUGUAGUAGGAAGCAAGACAGAGAAACCUCAAGACAAGAAACCUAGUAGAAAACUUUCUCGUGACCCGAGUCUCGAAAUCAAGGAAACAGUUGAAGAAGAGGAAUCACAGUCUUACUUGCCGGUGAAGCAAGCUGAUGAACUUCCUCUUCCUGCUGCUUCUUCUUCUGUUGAUGAUGAUUUCAAAGACAUUAAAGAGAUGAUGCAUAGCUUGCCGAAUGAAGAAAACAUCAUCACCAAUCACCACAAGAAAGUAGAAGAAGAUCAGACGAAUGAGGAAAUAGUGAAGAAGACAUCCGUCUGCGAAGACAAGCAAGUCACUAGGGACCUUUGUUCGGAGGAUGCUGAAGAAGCGAAGGAUGCUUCAGCGCCAAAACCACUGUCUCCAAAGAAGUCGGUGACGUUUUCAGAGACAAACAUGGAGGAGAAGUAUUUCUUCUCGCCAACGGUGUCGGAGACUGACGUCUCGACGCCGCCGGCUACUGAAGCAGCAGAUCAUUCGAGGAAGAAGUGGAACAGUGAAGAGACGUCUCCGAAGGCUACGGCCAAAGUCUUCAGAAAGCUUCUCAUGUUUGGAAGGAAAAAAUGAAAGAGAGGAAGGAAUCUAUAGUUACUACAACGACGUCGUGUUUGAGUUGCCGGUUUAAUACUUUUUUCCUCGUUAAUUCUUUAAAUUGUUUCGUGUGUGAUAUAUUUUAUCAAAUUUGAUUCGGCUGUUUAUAUAUCAUUGUUGAUGUGGUGUUGUUUACAACAUUGGAGUGUGUAUACAAAUCGGUUUGGUGAGUUUGAAUAAAGUAAUGUUAUUUUGGA